AUGAUCCCCAAGAAUGAACAAGGAUCUGAACUAAGGGAGCCUGAGGAAGGAGAGUGGAAAGUACUUUCUCUCGAGCUCCAAGGGGAGUGGGAGAGGAUGAGAAGAACACAGGGGUAUUCUGAAUGGAGUAGAGGCUACACAAAGGAGCUGUUUGGCAAUGGAGAGAGGACCCACAUCAGGUGGCCUCCAUCAGUGUGGCAAUGCCGGAUGCCGGGUCUCUGCCCGCAGAGGGGGCUGGCAGAGCGGGAAAGGAACCAAGCAAGACAGAAAACAACUGUUGGGGCCCAUAUGUUUGGGAGGCAACAAGAGAUGCAUAAAGUUUUGCCGAGUAGCAGUGAGAACCCAGCAGGAAGAAUGGUGUAUACAGUGGUGCUUCAGGGCAUGUUCCAAGUGGAAUGUCAGAGAGGGCAAGUCCAACUGCAAACGUACGUGCCUAGGUGUGUACCACCCACCAGCGGCCUCCUCUCUGCCUUUUGUGCUGGGGAAAGGAGGCUCUGGCAUCACCAGCAUAAGAGAUGCUUGACUAUGGAAACAAUUGGGAAAGAACAAGAGCUGACCAAGAAAAACAAUGGCUUCCUCCGAAAUAUCGAUGCAACUGAAGGUGCAAUGCAGAAUUUGCUAAGGGAACUUACCAAAAUGGACCACAUCUUGGACAGAUCAGAUGAUGAGGACGACAUUUUCUCUGAAAACCCCCAAACUGACUUCCUUCACGAGGUGGAGACUAAAAAAUGGGAUGUGUUGGAGCUGGAGGCUGAGCGUGACCAAGCCCUGCCGACAGAGGAGGAAGAAACAGAUUACGCUCAACAUGAGGAUCCUCAAGUGUCCACAUCUUUUCAAAUUUCAGAGGAGAACAUCCCUGAACUGAGUCAGGAGAACAUGUUCUUCCAGCUAGACGACUGGAAUUCACAGAUGGGUCAACAAGUGAAAGAACUUGGAGCUGAUCACAUAGACUGGAUGGAGAAAAUUAAAAAUAUUGUACAAGAAAUAAACCUAACAGAAAACACAGUGAAGAGCUUAAUAAAUGAGGUGAUGUCCCUGGAGGGCCAAAUUGAAAAGCUGGAGUCACAUCAGGACCUUGACCCUGAGCAGGGGGCAAACAUCGAGGAGAAGAUCAUGGAAAUUAAGAAGCAAUUAGGAGAAAUCACUAAGGAGUUUGUCCAGGCAGAUGCUUGUAAUGAAGCUCAUGAAUUAAAGGAGAAACUCAUUGCAAGAAUAGAGAACUUUUCCAAGGACAUGACUCUGCUGAAUGCAAAGCUAGGGACAUACCAAAUGCAAGAAGAGAAAACAGACUCUCAGAGUCCUGAAGAAAUGGGUAUGGAAGAGAGGGAGCCCCUGCUUCCUCAGGCUCCACCACCCCCUUUAAUGCAGAACUCUCCUCCCCGCAUUACAAUGUGGUGGAAACGUGCACUGAGGAUUUUCAUCAUGUUUUAUGUCCUUACCUUCACUGGAGUUUUAUGUUACACACUAUUUUUUGACGCUACGUUUAUCUUUGAAAGGGUGCUCCCUACAAUGCUUGGGCGCCGCAGAAUGUGGGAACUACGGGAGAUUAUCGCGCCUUUUUUGAAUUUGGAAGUAGAAGACUUGUUACCCUCCUGA